AUGAGGGACACUGGACUAGGGUCAUGGGUUUGGCGUAAGAUUCUGAAGUAUAGGAACCUAGCAAAGCAGUUCAUCCGUAUGGACAUAGGGAAUGGUCAGUCAGUGAGGUUUUGGUCGGAUCUCUGGCACCCUGCAGGAAGACUGAUAGAGAUUACUGGGGAGAUUGGAACGCAAAAGCUUGGCAUAGGGAGAAACGCAAGAAUUUGUGAUGUGUAUAGAGAUGGAGAUUGGAGGUUUCGGGCCUGUCGGGAUCAACAAUUACAGCAACUGGUACAUGCGAUUCACCAGUUUCCCAUCGAACUAAAUGCUGAGGCUGCUGAUGGGGCUUUGUGGAAAAAUGGACCUGAUGAUUAUGGGGAUAGGUUCAUCGCCUCGAGUACUUGGCACCAGAUCAGACAGCGUAAGGAAAAUCUGCAAUGGAGUAAGCUUGUGUGGUUCUCGCAAGGAGUUCCCCGCUACGCUUUCAUUACCUGGCUAGCUUUCCGUGACAGACUGGCUACAGGCCAUCGAACUAGUAAAUGGGGCCAACCACAAUGUUGCUUGUUUUGUGGUGAACCGGAUGAGACCAGGGAGCAUUUGUUUUUCGCAUGUCCCUAUACCUACACGUUGUGGCUGAAAGUUGUGGGUAAUUUGUUUGGAGAUGAGCCAGACCUGGACUGGGAUAUCACAGUUUCGAUCUUGCUCACACGGAGGUAUGAUCGCAUCACUUUCAUCUUGCUGCGACUGGUUCUGCAGGUCACUAUAUACUCAGUUUGGAGGGAGAGGAAUGAUCGACGGCAUAACAGCACUGCAAAGUCUGUGGACCAGUUGGGUCGCAUCAUCGACAAAACAAUGAGAAGCUGCAUAAUGUCAACGAAGUACUACUUGAAACCGAAACUGCAGGGGCUGAUGCAACGUUGGUUUACGGCUCAUAUGCCUUAA